GAGGGAACGGGCUCGACGCUCGCAGGAUCGCGUGCUGGUGAGAAUCGCGGCUGCAGCCCGCCGCCUGGACCAGCACCACAGCAGUAUGACGUAUGCCUUCGACAAGCGUGGCGCCACUCCAGGAGUGCGCCGAGGCGGCCAGCUGCCGCCACGUUUCUGGGAAUGCUCUUCCAGCUCCAGGGCGAACAUCUACAGCUCAUCGACGUGCAGAUUCUGUUCGCACCCCGCGACGCAGCCCGACGCCCUGCACGACGAGUGCGACGACGACGAGGACUCCAGCGAGUGGAUCCAAGGGCGACCAGGGCGGCGACAUCGCAGCCGCCCACCCAAGGCCAAGACGCAGCAACAGCCUCAGUGGAAGACAGGAACUGCGCCAUGGCAUACCUGGUCGUGGGACCCCGCCACAGUGCCGCCUCAGCGCUCACAGAGCGCGGCACCAGCCAAGGAGACAGCCACGCAGCCCGCGCCUCCACCUCUGCCGCGGCCAGCAGAGCCAGAGGUCGCGCAGGCGCACAGGCUGUGGCUCCCCCCGCCGAACUCAGUCAAGGAGCUCAAGGCGCACCGCGCGAGGCUGAAGGAGUCGCUAGACGCUAUCGAACGACAGAUCCACUCGGCCUACGAGAUGGGUCAGACGCGCACGGUCAUCAGUGCGCUAGAGCAGGACUACUCGGUCAUCUUGUACCAGGUCAUGUACGCUCGAGAUGCCAAAACGAGAGUGGAUCAGCAGAAGGCAUACCUCGACCGCAUACGCAAGCGACUUAGUGACGCACAGAAGCAUGAGAAGGAUUUGCAGGAGCAAGCCAAGGUCGCGGCCGCUCACACGCACAGCCUCAUCGAGGAUGUUAAGAAAGCGGAGGAGUUGCUCGACCACUUCACACAGCUGGAGAAGGCUGAGCGAGAUGAACAAGGUUCGGCAAUGCAAGUCGAGCCCGACAGUGCUGCUACGGAUGCCACAGCAGCGCACCAGAGAACACCAGCGAACGCUUCGGCAGUGGCGCAGCUCGCAGCCAUGCAGGCCACCAACAUCGACCUGUCAGAGAAGCUGCUAGCACAGACAGCCCAGAUGGCCACCAUCCAAGCGGCGCUCAACAUCCAGGUGCAGAACGGCAACAAGCCCGCCGUCCCGCAGUCCCAGCAGGCGGCUUCACCUGGGCCAGGGGCGCCAGCCGCGCCGCCAGCCGUCUCCGCCGUGGGGCAG